AAAAUAGAUUCACUCUCGGACUUGAGACAUUGGCGGCUACCCGACCAACAACCUUCAAGCGGCCAGGCGCAGCGCUACCACCCUAACCAACAUUGUGAAUCUAUACAACAAACAUAGCGAGGAACAAAUCGAUUUUCAUCUUCGAUUAUCAGCAUCUUUGCAUCUCUUAAUCCCUCGAAUUUAUGUCGUCUUUUACUGACCACAUACUUUCUUAAUAAAUCAUCGCGUUAUUCUAUCUAGAUCUGCGACUUGAGCAUGCCCAACAACAUCAUUCCUGUGCCAUACCAGGCAGGGAAGACCCUGCAGCUACAAGUCCUCCAGAAUUGCUGCAGUCUGCCCUUCUCUCAGUCGGUUACGGCAACGAUCUCCAAAACGUUCGACAUCACCAUGUCUCCCGUGAUGGACGUCAUCAUCAACACCAGGUCAGGCUCCCGCUUCCGCGCAGUCCUCAAGCUCUAUGACCGUCGGUUCGGCAUAGAUCUUCGGAGAAUCCGGAACAGGAUCAUGCCUCUCAUAACGGCAGACGAAGCGGAAUUCCAGUCAUUCGUCCGGCGAGGAAAGAUGGGCCCUUUCAUUAGCGAGCUAGAAGAGGAAAAGAAGACCGAAAUCCUCCCUCGGUCACCUUCGCAUUUCCACGAUGACACCCCAGAAGGCAACGCGAAGUACGAGGCGGCCCUGUGGCAGUCGUGCGUUGAGUACUUCGACUGCGAGACCGAGGCAUACGCGCGGUUAAGAGACCUCCAGGGCAGGUCAAUACCGCGGAUGUACGCCCAUGUGCGCCUCGUGCUGGGGAACUCGGACGUACCUCGGGACCUGCUGCAGUCACCAAUGGCGCGUUACUUCGAGAUCAAGGGCGUUCUUCUGGAACUUAUCCAUGGAUAUAACCUAUCUGACCUACCCACCUCACCGCUGGCCCCUUCCGACCCAAAGAAGUGGCCAGGUAUAGUACAAUCUGCGGUCGAUUUUGCGCAUGAAAUUAACAGGCGCGGCGUCCUCAUGGGCGAUUGUGCGCCACGCAACGUGGUGGUAGACAAACGCUCACAGACGCCCUUUAUCAUCGAUCUUGCGCAGUGUGGGUUUAAGGAUAAGAUGAUUGAAGCAUGGAAGGAGUGGGAUGAGGAUGAGGAUUGGGAUCCGGAUGUCGAUUAUUGCGAGCAGAUGAUUACUAGGGAUAAUCCUGGGGCGAUUGGAGCAGUGAUGAGGAUGCGACUGCAGCGGAUAAAGGGCAUGGAGCUGGAUAUCAACUAUCCGAAUUGCAUGAAGAUUAUCGAUGACAUCAAACGCUGUAAAGCAGGUAGGGCAACCAGAGCGGAUUGCACAGAACCUGGUGUCCCUGAGCAAUAGCUUCGGUAUCAGGCCCAGGUGGGAAGGCGGACGGUAAUCUAGUUUUCCGCAGGCAGGAGAAAGGGGGAAGUAUUAGAGAUGGUUUGACCCCGGGUCAUCACUGAAACGAGAAUUCGCGUACUAUUAGGUCACCCUUGAGUACCUGGACAUGUAAUAAUUCCGUUAAUAUCUGCCUAAGCCAAACCGCCCUUCAGAUAUCGCAGAUAACCUCUCUCAGCUGCCCACGCUCUAUCAAGAUGCGAUGAUCUCAG